AUGCGCAAAGAAACUUAUCCUAAUGCGAAAGGAUGGGGUCGUUUAGGUAUGUUGUUAAUUAAACUUGGACAGUUCAACAAAGCUCAAGUAGUAUAUGAUAUAUUGCUUGAUAAAGCAACGACGGAUCGAGAAAAGGCAUUUAAUUAUCACCAACUCGGAUGGGUGAAGGCGGAUCAAGGUGAAUAUGUAAAUGCCAUUGCCUAUUAUAAACAAUCCAUUGAAAUCAAACAAAAGAUUCUUUCAUCAACGGAUGCCGAUUUGGCUGCUUCUUACAACGAUAUUGGUUCGGUGUAUUCCAAGAUGGAUGACUAUUCAAAUGCACUUUCAUAUUAUCAAGAAGCACUGGAAAUCAAACAAAAAACUCUACCUUCAAAUCAUCCGAGGUUAGCUACUUCUUACAACAAAAUUGGGUGGGUUUAUAGAAACAUGGGUAACUAUCCCAAUGCAGUUUCAUUUUAUGAGCGUGCUCUUGAUAUUCAACAACGUUCACUACCACCUGAUCAUCCUCAUCUUAAGGGUAGAUAA